CAUACCUUGCUACAUUUCCUAUAUAAACCCAUGUACCCACCUUGUACUCUUUCGUGCAAAACUACUUAUUUUUCUUUGAGUAAACGUACAACAAGCAUUGUACCACAAUAAUCCUCUUCAUACAAAAUCUCUCAAACAUUCUCACAAGCACAAACAUUGUUCCCUCAAUUCUGAUUUUGGUUCACAAGGUGUUUUUGAAAUUACCGCAAUGGGCAACAUGAAGAACAGAACAUCAAGGUUGCUGAAGCAAUUCAUAGCUGGUUUGAGCUCAAUGGCCAAGUCAAAAACUCUGGCUUUGAAGUCCAAAACAAAUGCCAUCAAGGCUCGUUUGAUCAUAUUCUCACUCAUGAAGAACAAGAAAUUUCUCAUGAGCUCAUUUACUGAGAAGUUCAAUUCUCUCUUUGGUGGGAACCAUUCUCAGGCCAAUGAAGAUUGCUUAUUGGAAGAUGGCAGUAGCAGCAUCAGCAGGGCCAUAGUGUUGUACAACAACAAUGCUCACACCUAUGAGGCCUUGCCAAAUCCCUGUGAAAGCCAUGAGUGUGGUUGUGAAAAUGAAGGUCACUUUGGGUAUGGAGAUGCAGCAGAAGAAGAUGAUGAUGACAAGUACCCGGAUCUGACACACUGUCUUUUUGACUCUGAGGGUUUGGAUCUUGGAGGCUCUGUGAUUGAUAUAGUGAAACAUUCUAAGGAAGAAGCAGGGCAAGAGUUUAAGCUGGAGGAUGAGAUUGACCAAGUGGCUGAUCUUUUCAUCAAGAAGUUCCGCAGGCAAAUGAUCUUGCAGAAGCAAGAUUCAUUGAAGAGGAAGCGAGAACAGAACGAAGCCUGAAUUUGAAGCUCCAAACGAAAAUCUUCUGUCCCCUAAAUGACGUCUCAAUUUCCCGUCCUACUAAUGAAAUAUUGUCAUGUCAGUAUUUUAUUAGUGGGACAGAGAAUGAGAUACGGUUUGGCAACAGAAGAUUUCAAUCCCAUUUUGGUAUCAGGGUUGGCUCAAGUACAUAAAUGCUCAACCUCAUAAUCUCUCUUUGUUGUUGGUUCUUUUUCAAGAAUAAGGGAGAUCAGCAAGGACAACUACUUGGUUUACUAAGAUAUUAUGGUUCUUAACUGGUUUAAUUAAGAAGAGAACAACAACAACAACCCAGAAUGGACCAGGGUGAUUCAUUGUUCUUUUUUAUUGUUGUUUUAAUUUUCCAUUUUAGUUUUGGAUGGUGCCAUGGUGUUCUUCCAAGUUCUCUUUGCAGGUGGGUUUUGUAUCAAAUAAAAGGAAGAGAACAAAGAAUGGAAGAUGUUACUUAUAGAUUUUAUCAUGGUAGAGAGCACAGAUGUUGGUGCUUCAACUCUGUAAAUCUGCAACAAUUGUAGCAUAUCCAGCCCCCAAUCAUGAAGCCUAGCUAAUUGAUAUAUAUAUAUAUAUAUAUAUAUAUAUAUAUAUAUAUUCAUAUUCAUAUAUAAUAAGACAUAAAUUUCUGAUA